CCUCUGUCUGGUGUUGGUUUGCUCCUCCUCUCUCCAGCUGAUCGGCCCAGGACUCCCCGGUGGCUCCGGUGGCUCUACUGCCCGUCCUCCGCUGGCUCUACCGGCUCUUAUAUCGGUUUAAACAGUUAUAAUUUAACGUAGUCAGUGGCCGCUCGUGUCGGCAAGUUGUUCCUCGUCUUGUUGACACUCUGACAGGAUAAUCUGACUCUUUUAUUGACUCUAAUACUUGUCAAAACCAGGGAGAUCUGAAAGGCCUUCACUCCAUCCCCGGAUUCACCUGCUGAACGGCGGAGGAGAAGAAGCCUCUCACACGGUAGAACCGACCAUGGGUGACACCGGGAGUGAAGGCAGCAAGCCUCCGAGUAACGUUAACGUCGUACCUCCACGCUGCCUCUGUGGUUUCUGGGGGUCGAGCAAAACUAUGAAUCUCUGCUCAAAAUGUUUUGCAGACAUUCAGAAGAAACAGCCAGAUGAUGAUUGUGCCCCAAAGGCCUCCUCAAGCUCCAGCAGCAGCAGCCAAGCAGACAUCUUCUGUAAUGAAACAAACAGCAGCAUCACUCAGUCACUGAUGUCGAUGCCUAACACAUCAGAAGACCCUUCGCCAGGAGAGACGGGAGCGGCGUCUCUACCUGCUCAGGACGAAGUAUCCAGCACAGACACAGUUUUCAGUUCACUCUCCACUCCCACAAAACGCUCCUUUGAGUCAGCCUCGGAGUCAGAGAGCGAUGUUUCACCCGAGAAGCGAGCAAGAGUGGGUGACAUGCCAGAGGGUGAGGAGUCUUCAUCGUCAUCUUUGUCUGCGUCAUCAUCAUCCUCGCCUCGCAGUGGCUCCAAACAGCGGAGCCGCAAACGUUGCCAUCGCUGCCAAACCAAACUGGAGCUGGUUCAGCAAGAGCUGGGCUCCUGUCGCUGUGGUAACGUCUUCUGUAUGCUCCAUCGGCUCCCAGAGCAGCACGAGUGUCUGUUCGACCACCUGGGCCGCGGUCGCCAGGAGGCUGUCCUAAAGAUGGUCAAGCUCGACCGCAAGGUGGGCCGCUCGUGCCAGCGCAUUGGAGAAGAGUGCUCCUGAGCGGCCGUUCCCUCAGAAGAAUCUCGGUGUUCAGACGGUGUCUUAGCACCAACAGGGAUUUAGUUUUUCUUUUCUUCUCAUUUUGUUUUUCAAGAUUUUUGCAGUUUUUGUUUUUAUUUGGAUACAAACCACCCCUCCAACCAUUUCUUUUAAAUUAUGCUCGCUCUUUUUAAAUCCCACUGUUAUACCCACAUCCCUGUUGUUUUCUGCUUCUGUUGGCUUGAUCAUAUCCCUGCUGCUAAGAUGCCUUUUGGAAAAUCCAAACCCAGGAAUGACAGAACAAUAAAGAGCAAAGGAAAUAUACGAUUUCUUCACUUUUUUGCAAGCUCCUGACUACACAAGUAUGAGCAGAGAAAGAACGGAUAAAAGGAUGACGAGAAGAAAUAACAAUGCUUUAUACAAAUGUUUGUCCCGGAAGCCAGUUUAAGACUAUACUCUUUACCUCAAAAAAAAAAAAUAAAAAAAAUAAAGAAUGACAAGAAGGAGGAGAAAAGGAUGGGUUACCCUUUGUGUACACUUCUGCUUCGGUGCUGUUUGUAGACUGUGCUCUUUACCUCAAAAUCAGACAGAGCUGCUUUGUACUCUGCGCCAAGCAUGGACUUUGUGAAGCAAACCGAGCAAGCCAGCCUCAGUUAAAGUCAGUGUCUUACCCCCUGGCCGUCCACUACCCAUAAUCCUUUAGAAACACCUGUUAAUCAUCCACCUCAGGAUAUCAAAGCCCAGUCUUCGCCCCUCCUCCCCUCACCAAGUUGCAUCCUUCUCUUUUCCUCUAUAGGACACCUUUUUACUCCUUUUGUUUGUUUGAAGAUGAAGCUGUUUCUGCUUUGUCGAGGGCGCCAUCGUGGACGAUGAAACUGGGGCGAAACUGUGAGUCCAAAUACAGAACAUGCAGUGUGAGCCGGAAUCCAACACAUUACGCCGGUGGGAGUGAGCUGGUUGUCCUCGGAUCGCACGCAGUGCUGUCUCCAACGUCGUGAUUGAUCGAGACUUAAUUUGUCGCAGAUUUCCUCUCUGUCUUCCUCUUUUCGUCUCAGUCUUCAUCUCCUUAAUCCUCCCAGCCCUCCCCACACGAAGACACGUCCUCUCCACACGUCUGUUUUCAGCAAAACAUGUGGAUCUAUGUGUACAAACUUCAGGAAGACAACAUUUACAGGACAUGACGUAUGAUUUAUGACUGGACCUGAAAUGUGUGCGUUGUACACGUCCACACAUCUCUAUACUUUUUACAAAUCUCACACCUUUUUAUGUGGUUUCAUGUGCUCGGCUGUUCACAUUGAGCACAAGCAGGCAAGAUCAAACGUGGCUGUACACUUUGAGUUUGGACUGAAGCUGAGACGGCAGAGUGCCACUCAGAGGUUCCUGUUUAAGAUGUGUGAUGGUUGUUAUAGUUCAGGUUUCUCAUAAUGUCUUAGGCCUUCGUUUCAGUUAUCCACAUUUUAAAGGUAAUUUGAUACAAGACUAAUCUUUGGGUUUUUCACUACUUUAAUGUCCCUCCCCCAUGUUUUCAUUUCCACCUAGCAUGAUGAGUUCACAUGCAUUCUCCUCCUCCUGCCUUUCCCUUUCCCUUUUCUCAUCUUUCCCCUUAUUGAUUGCUCUAUUUUUCCUUAUUUCACCCUCUCUGUCUUCUUCCCUCUUUUCUUGCUGUAGAGGAGGGAGGUGGCGGCUGGGGGUGAACAGUGCGCUGAAAGUUAAAAUCAGCAAAUAAUUACUUUCCAAACGUUUUUCCUGGUGGACUAUAGAAGGAAUGAACAGAAAAUGCAUAAUGAAUGAAUAUUCUGUAUCUUAAAGAAAACCUUAUUUAACCCCCUUUUUUGCUUUUCACUUACACUUUAGUGUAGAGCUGCUUUUGUUUUGGGUUGUAUUGUGGUUAUACAAUGGGAAGAUGAACGUGGAAAAUUCAAUAUUUUUGUUUCCAUUGCUUUACUUUAUGCUUACCCUUUCCAACUUUUUCUUUUAAGGAGAAAGAAUAAACUGGAUUAGACAAAGUG